UCUCCUGCCUUGAAGUGCUGACAGAUCAAGGCAACAAAUUUCAAUUACAAUCCCUAAUUUGUGUCCGCAGAGUGUUUUUUUUUUCCCCGUGUUAGUCCUCUCGGGCUCAUCAGUCGAGGCAGAUCUUGGAGCAGCAGGAGGAGGUGGAGGGUUUGGGAGUCAAGAAGUGCAUCAUUGAACUCGAGGGAGAGACAGAGGGAAGGAAACUUGGCGGCCGCGUUCCUGCUUCCUCGGAUCCCAACGCCAGAGAAAGAGGAAACGGCAAAUUUGUUUUUGCCCGCAGCUAGGAAGGGGACAGAUCUCGGGAGGCAUCGGGAGCUGCGGAGCGUUUGGUGGGGGGCCAGGAGGGCGAGCGCGUGCGUGCGCCCCAGCCGCGAGUAUAUGAGAGAGGGGCGAGCGGGCUCGGGGAGGCGGGGAUGGCGGAGAAGCGGAGGGGCUCACCGUGCAGCAUGCUAAGCCUCAAGGCGCACGCCUUCUCUGUGGAGGCACUGAUCGGCGCCGAGAAGCAGCAACAGCUUCAAAAGAAGCGGAGAAAGCUGGCCACGGAAGAGGCGGCGGGGGCGGUGGAAGACGCAGGCUGCAGCCGUAGCGGAGGCGCGGGGGAGCACGGCUGCUCGGAGGCCGACGAAGAAGCGGCUGCCCCGCCGCCGGCAGCCGGGGCGGCGUCCGGGCCAGCGCGGAGCUGCGCGGACGCGGAGCGGAGCUGUGGCUCCCGCGGAGCGGCGGGCAGCUGUGAGGAUGGCUUCCUGCAGGGCGCCUCCCCGUUGGCAUCCCCGGGAGGCUCCCCGAAAGGGUCUCCCGUACCUGGCUUGGCACGACCGGGGACCCCGCUGCCCGCGCCGCAGGCCCCGAGAGUAGAUCUGCAAGGAGCGGAGCUCUGGAAGCGCUUUCACGAAAUAGGCACCGAGAUGAUCAUCACCAAAGCCGGCAGGCGCAUGUUUCCAGCAAUGCGGGUGAAGAUCUCCGGAUUAGACCCUCACCAGCAAUAUUACAUUGCCAUGGAUAUUGUGCCGGUGGACAACAAGAGAUACAGGUAUGUUUACCAUAGCUCUAAGUGGAUGGUGGCAGGAAAUGCUGAUUCCCCGGUGCCACCCAGAGUAUACAUUCAUCCAGACUCACCGGCCUCUGGGGAGACUUGGAUGAGACAAGUCAUCAGCUUCGACAAGCUGAAACUUACCAACAAUGAGCUGGAUGACCAAGGCCAUAUCAUUCUUCAUUCUAUGCACAAAUACCAACCACGUGUGCAUGUCAUCCGUAAAGAUUGCGGAGAUGAUCUGUCCCCCAUCAAGCCUGUUCCAUCAGGAGAGGGAGUGAAGGCAUUCUCCUUUCCAGAAACCGUCUUCACAACUGUCACUGCCUAUCAGAAUCAGCAGAUUACUCGCCUUAAGAUAGACAGGAAUCCAUUUGCCAAAGGUUUCCGAGACUCUGGGAGGAACAGAAUGGGUUUGGAAGCUCUGGUGGAGUCAUACGCAUUCUGGAGGCCAUCACUACGGACUCUCACCUUUGAAGAUAUCCCUGGAAUCCCAAAGCAAGGCAACACAAGUUCUUCAGCUCUGCUCCAAGGCACUGGGAAUGCUGUCCCUGCUACACAUCCUCACCUGUUGUCUGGAUCCUCUUGCUCCUCUCCUGCCUUCCAUCUGGGGCCGAACACCAGCCAGCUGUGUAGUCUGGCUCCAGCUGACUAUUCGGCCUGUGCCCGUUCAGGCCUUGCCCUCAAUCGAUACAGCACAUCCUUGGCAGAGACCUACAGCAGGCUUACCAACCAGAGCAGUGAGACCUUUGCCCCACCUAGGACUCCUUCCUACGUGAGUGUGAGCAGCAACCCGUCUGUGAACAUGUCCAUGGGCGGCACUGAUGGGGACACCUUCAGCUGCCCACAGACCAGCCUGUCCAUGCAGAUUUCAGGAAUGUCCCCUCAACUUCAGUACAUCAUGCCAUCGCCGUCCGGCAAUGCCUUUGCUGCUAACCAGACCCACCAGAGUUCUUACAACACCUUCCGAUUGCACAGUCCCUGUGCCUUGUAUGGAUAUAACUUCUCCACAUCCCCCAAACUGGCUGCCAGUCCUGAGAAAAUUGUUUCUUCCCAAGGAAGUUUCUUGGGGUCCUCACCAAGUGGGACCAUGACUGAUCGUCAGAUGUUGCCCCCUGUGGAAGGAGUGCACCUGCUCAGCAGUGGGGGCCAGCAGAGUUUCUUUGACUCCAGGACCCUAGGAAGUUUAACUCUGCCAUCUUCUCAAGUGUCUGCACAUAUGGUCUGAUGAAGCCUUUAAGUUAAACGGCGUUGGAAUCUAGUGGAUCUUCCUUAUUUUUUUAAAGCAAUAUAGGGAAAAUGUACACAUAGUAGGAAAGGAAGGCCCAGUGAGUGUUUUUACUUUCUCAUGGCAAGAUUGUAAUUAUGGUAUAUAUGUAUGCUGUAUAUAUACAUAGCAUGUAGUAUACUGAAGCCUUCUCUCUGCCUUGUCUAUUCAGUUCCACAGAGUAUUGGCGACAUGGACUAUGUUUAUCCAGAAUAAUCAGACUCUAAAAGUAAAAUGGUACACUUGAAAGUUGGUAAGGAUGCUACCAAAGACUUUUCUAAUGCCCACGUGCCAAGUGAUGGGGGUUUAUUACAGCAGUGUCAUACAUACCUAACCAAAGAUUUGUAACUUCAUUUAUCAGAAGAAUGCUCUGAGCAGUCUGUAUUCAAGUGUUGAUAGCCUUGCGAUCUCUUUUAUCCUUGGACUUGAUGUGAGAAUGUUAAGUGCAGAAGCUGGUUAAAUCUUAGUAUAUUUCUGAGGUAUCUAUAGCAAUAAAGGCUUAGCUUUAUGUUCCUUCUUUUUUGGUUGUUUUUGUUUUUUGUUUUCUUUUUGUUUGUUUGUUUGAGGCAGGUUUCUCUGUGUGACAGCUUUGACUGUCUUGGAGCUCACUCUGUAUACCAGGUUGGUCUCUAAUGCAGGUAUUAGCUUGCCCCUGCCUCCCAAGUACUGGGAUUAAAGGUGUGAGCCAGCACCGCCCAGCCAUUCCUGUUUAUUCUUACUUACUGCAGACCUUGGGUCUAUAAAAAUCCAUAGCUUAUGCUGAUUUAUUUUCUGAAGGAAGGUGGAUGACAGCCUUGUGAUUUUUUACUUUCCAAUAAACAGAAAAUCUUAUUUCCUGCAAAAAAAAUUUCUGUUAUUUUGAAAUUGUUGCCCAUUUUAUUUAGUUUAUCAAGAAGGCCAUUGAAACUGUUCUGUAAACAUUUUGAAAUUCCAAUUUUCACUAGGGGAGGGGUUGGAUUGUAUGGCAUGAGAAACUGAAAAAGAAAGAAAGAAAGAAAGGAAGAAAGAAAGAAAGAAAGAAAGAAAGAAAGAAAGAAAGAAAGAAAAUAAGCACACCUCCCAGAUUCUUUUGUCCCAGUAAGUCAUGUUUAUUUAUUUGUUUUCAAUUAGAGGAAUAGUGUCAAGCACUCCCUAGACCCUUGUGUGGCUUGGUUUCUUAGAUUAUACUUUUUCAUCUUUGAGCUGCUUGACCUCUGGUCUAUGAGUUAGGAAAAAGUCAUGUAUGCCCCUUACUUAUGUCUCAUAACUCCUACAAAUUGAAAUGUUUCCCCUCCCUCGCCUUAUCUUCUUAUCUGACUCUUUUCUAAAAACAGACAGGUCUCGCCUUUAUGGUGCUAGUGCUGCAAGAAUUUCAGAGGGUUAUCUCCAGCAAUCUGUCUUGUGGCCGUAGUCAAAGGCCAAAGUCCAUUACUAGAAAGGCCUCCUAGGAGGACCAAGGAGGAAGAUACUUAUUAUGAUAAGUGAGCUAUAAAACUUUUAACCUCGACAUCAUUUUAACUUUGGAAGCGAAGAAAUGAAAACAGGAUUGAGUUCUAAAAGUGCCUGAAAUGAAUGCAUGGCUUAGGAGUUCAGAAGAAGGAACUUUGAUAGUAGAUCGUGAGAUAAACAGGAAAGAGUGAGGCACGCAGGAUGGAUGAGCUCCUUUGGCUGAGAAGCUGAAGGGAUGCGUCUGCCCAGCUGCUCCGUGCAUUUCAUGUUGAACAAAGGAAGAGAAUGAUUUCCUUUUGUUUAUCCACAGACUUGCUCUAACGUGUCCCUAAUUUGGACCUGAAGGAGUCUCCAUCCCACUUUCCUUCUUUACUGAAUAGGGUCAUUGCUGGUUAUUGGUUAUUUAGGGCAAUGUUCUGUUUAGACAGAAUGCAUUCUGGAUCUGCCUCUGUUUAUAGAUUCUGACAAAUUUCCCUGCGGAUUCUGUAAGAAUUUUCAAAAUCUAAGAUUAGUGUAAAGGAGCAUGAAAUAUUUGCAGUAGGUGGAUCUAGCUAAGGUUUUAUGCAUGGUGUUAUUAACUUGACAGAUUUAGAAAAAAGGUUUCAAGAACGAAUCUAGCCUUUGUGCACUUCUUAAUCAAGGAAGAUGGCUUUUCAUCCUGAGACAGCAUCCCAUGGCACAUUUCCCUUUUUGCUGUUGGUAAUUGGAGAUGACACCUUGAUGCCAGGAGACAUUUUUAUUAAUCAUUUUGGUAAAAUCUAGCAAUACUGUACAAAUGCUCUUUCUUUCAGAUUUUGCUGUAAAUAAUAAUCACCAUUUCGUUCCAAAGACUAGUAACCUUAUAUUGUUUUACUAAAUGAUAUACAUGCAUUGUUGCAUUGUUAAUUAUAAUUAUCUAUCUGUAUUUUAUUAAGAACUGGUUAAGAAAUUAUAUUAAAGUACAUUAUGAAACCC